CAAAGCUCUCUCCUUGCAAAAACUGCCCAAGUAAAACAGCAUACUGAUGAUCUUCAUCAAAAGAUUAACACCCAAAAGGUAAAUAUUUCUAAUAGAAGCAGUUAUAUAGAAAGUCAACAGAAGAUCACAGAGUUUCAUGCACAUGCUCGUUUGACACAUAGUGCUCAAAUCCAAAAGGUUGAAGAAAAAUAUGAGGAAAGCUUAAAUGAAAAGAAAGCAUCACUAAUUAAUGUAAAACUGAAAAUAAACCAAGAGAGGUACAAAACCAGUGAACAAAAGAAGAGUAUGCAUCAACAAAGAAGAGUUAAAAGGACAUAUUUAUCUCACACAAGUAUGUCUUUUGAGGAACUUAAACAUAAAGAAAGCGAACUGGCAGAUAUUAAAGCUCAGUUGGAGAGUGCAAGAGAAAAGAAAAUUGAGCUUCAGGCUUUACUUAAUGAAUUGGAAAAAAGAUUGCGCAUUUUAAAAGAUGAUUGUAAAGAGAGAGUACAAGAAUUGGAGGCUUUUAUUACAGAAUACGGUGAAAGACUAACAAUACUACAAGAGAAUAUACAAUCACUUGAAAAUAAGAAAAGGGAUUUAACAUUGGAAAUAAGGCUGAUUCAUGAACAUCAAGAUUAUUUUCGAAAAUCUUUACAAGCAGAAGCAGAAAAAAGAUUGCAAUAUUAUAGAGAAAACAAACUCAAAGCUGAACGAAUUCAAAAGGAAGCCCUUGGUAUGAGUGAAAUUAUUGAGAAAUUAGGAAAUGAUAUAAAGAUGUUUAAAGAAGACUUUAAAAGGAGACUUACAGAAUCAGCAGCACAUAUUAUAGAAGAACAGGCUGGUAUUGAUGAAAUUGAAGAGACCAAAGAAAAUGUAAUGAAGGUUGUAUUGAAAAGGAUUCCCAGUUUCAAACGCCUCCAGGUCAAACACUAUAAAGUAGAAAAAUUAUAUAACACAUCAUCAAAAAUGUUCACAUACAUAAGUCAGAAAGAAGCAAUUAUAGAAGAUGAAGUAAAAUUUGCUGCAAGAAAUCUUGAAAGUAAAAAAAAGAAAUUGGCUCAAUGGAAUGCAAGAAUUGAAAAUAACCGUAAGGCUUAUAUUAAAGCUUUAAUUGUUAAUGCUAACAAGAUAGAAUGUAUUGAAGAGAAUAUAUAUUCCGAGUUAAAUAAAAUUCGUGCCAUAAUGUUAAUCAAUUCUCAACUUAGAGAGGCUUUGGAAGAGAAAGAAAUUAUGUGCAAAUACUGGCAGCAGAAACUUGACAAUGACGGGGAGCUGGCUAAAAAGCUACAAAGCCAGGUGAAUGAACUUAGAGAACUGUUGCAGAUGAUGCGGAAAAUGACAGAAUUCAUGGUGGAGUCAACUCAGCAUAGAGAACUGAACACAGAAGAACAUUUGGAAAACAUAUCAGAAACAAUGGCUUCUUGUGGGAAAACCAUGAGUUAUAUUUAUGAAAAAAUUUAUGGUUGGUUGCAAAGAUUUGAAGACAGUUUUGGAGAAAUUGAAAAAAUAAAGGAAUCUUGAAUUCUUCA